UAACACAUUGCUUAGCCGUUCUGAGUACACAUGCAAAGCUGAGCUUGUUUUUCUUUAAACUGGUUAUUUAUUGGCACAUUUUAUUAUUGUUAUUAUUGCACCAUUAAAGCACUAUGAAGUUCAUAUUGCAGUAUUACAACAUUUGCAAAUAAAAAGACAGAACAUGAAAGUGACGUGAUAUACAGCCAAGUAUGGUGACCCAUACUCGGAAUUCGUGCUCUGCUUUUAACCCAUCCAAAGUGCACACACCUACAAUUCCUGCCAGCCCGAGACUCAAGCUCACAACCCUUUGUUUGCGAGUCUGACUCUCUAACCAUUAGGCCACGACUUCCCACAUAGAUGUAUAGCAAUGUCAUUUCCUCUAAACUGUAGUCGAAAAAUGGUGGGAGCCAAUAGACACAUUGCUGUUGCAGGCAACAUGAAAGUAUAUCUGCAAUCUGCAGCCCCAUACCCCAAUUUAACUAUUCAGGAAGUACCAUAAACCAAUAGCCUUAGAAAAAAAAAAAAAAAAAAACACCUAUAACAGAUCAUGCUUUUUUGACCGAUCUCAUAUGGUAUGAUCUCAACUUCACAAGGUCAGGGGGCAAGAUCACUUUGAACUCUUGUACUUUCACCUCUGGGUUUCUGAUUAUGAAUUCUACAGCUGCGUUGCUGAGUGUGGGUCAGCAGACGAUGGAAGCCACACCAUUUUCCAGUGAGGAUGGAUACUCUACAAAUGAUACAACUGCUGAUACAACUACAGGGGACUAUUAUGGAUACUAUAAAACUACAGGGGACUAUUAUGGAUACUAUAAUGAUGACAUUGUUUCAAAUUCCUGUAUUUAUGGUGAUCAUGGAGCUAGCAUUCUUCCUGUGUUGUACUCUCUGUUUUUUGUGGUGGGCUUUCUGGGUAACAUACUGGUGGUCUGGGUGGUUUUGAUGGGUGUGAAGCUGAGAAGUAUGACUGACAUCUGUCUUCUGAACCUGGCUAUUGCUGACCUGCUCUUAAUCUCCUCCCUCCCCUUCCUGGCACACAGUGCCAGAGACCAGUGGAUUUUUGGAGAUUUUAUGUGCACUAUGGUCCUCAGUGUCUACCACAUUGGAUUCUAUAGUGGAAUAUUCUUCAUUGUGCUGAUGAGUAUUGACCGGUACUUGGCUGUAGUUCAUGCUGUGUUUGCCCUGAGAGUCAGAACAAGGACAUAUGGGAUCUUAGCCAGUGUGGUCAUAUGGAUUAUUGCCGUUUCUGCAUCCUUUCCUGAGCUGAUAUACCUUAAAACCACAGAACACAACAAAACAAAAAUAUGCAUGUCUUAUCAAUCAAAUGAUAAAGAUUCUUAUAGUACUACAAAGAUAAUUGGUAUCUUUAAAAUGAACAUCAUUGGUUUAUUUUUUCCACUUUUAGCGAUUGGAUUUUGUUACUUGAUGAUCUUAAAGAGACUCCUGUCAGCUCGCUCCUCCAGGAGGCAGGCCAUGCGUCUUGUCAUCACAGUGAUGGUGGUCUUCUUUUUCUGUUGGGCUCCAUACAAUAUUGCUGCUUUUGUAAAAGCUUUAGAGAUGAUGGAACAUAUAACUGCAUCUUGUGAAGGCAGUAAGGCAAUCCGUCUAAGCCUGCAGUUCACAGAAGCUCUGGCUUACUCACACAGCAGUCUGAAUCCCUUUCUUUAUGUGUUCGUGGGGGAGAAAUUUAGGAAGCAACUUUUUAGACUCCUGAAUAAGACACCCCUUAGUAGAGUGCGGUUCAUAAAAAGUUACAUUGUACAGGCCACAGGAUCUGUUUACUCACAGACCACUAGUGUGGAUGAGAGAUCAAGUACAGCUGUUUGAAUAGAAUAUGUGACCCUGGACCACAAAACCAAAGUGUUAAAUUUUCUUAAGUGUCACAUUUUUGAGAUUCAGAUUUAUACAUAAUCUUAAAGCUAAAUAAAUAAACUUUUUGUUUUGUUUUUGGUUUGUUAGGAUCAGACAAUAUUUGGCCAAGAUACAACUGAAAAACUGAAAAUCUGGAAUCUGAGGGUUCAAAAAAAAGUUAAAAUGCUGAGAAAAUCAUCUUUUAAGUUAUCCAAAUGAAGUUCUUAUCAAUGCAUAUUACUAAUCAAAAAUUGUUUAUAUAUAUUUACAGUAGGAAAUUUACUAAAUAUCUUCACGGAACAUGAAAGCCUCGUAGAGUUAUUUGUGCAUAUAAAUGUUUGUAUUUAAUUUUUAUUUAAUCAUUUAAUUUGUAUUCAUACUUUUUGCUUUUGUUAUAGCUUUGUAUUAUGUAUAUAUGCAUACAUACAUAUACAUAUACAUGGAUAUACAUGAAUUGCACUAAUAUUGUAACUAUAUGAAUUAUAUUUUUGUAAGAAUACAUAGCUUCAGUAAAAUGUUAAUAAAAAUCAAUAAAAAUAGCUUUACAUGUAAGUGUGGCUCACUUUGCAGAGUGAUUAUUUUACCCCAAUGAUAACAGCAGGAAGGUUAGAUGGUAACACACUUUAACCCAUAUAUAAUAUAUAUAUGGGCAUAAUGGCCUAAAGGUUUUUGGUGAUUAAUAUAAUUUUAAUACAUUUUAUUUUCUGAACAAAUGCUGUUAAAAUAGGUUUAAAAUAAAGCUACUUUGAGUGUAUUCAACCCUGUUUUUAUACCAGUUUUUUAUACAGAAAAAGUGAACACACACACACAAAACACAAC